GUAUAAAGCUCCAUUUCAACAUUUCCAUUCACAAAAUCUUGUGUCAGCCAUGGCUUCCAAGCUAAUCACCUUAUGCACAACCUCUCUCCUUCUCCUGCUCUUGUGUUCACCCUCUCUUGCAAAUUACUCGUUUUCAUCCAUCUUUAAUACACCAGAAACCAUUUGUGAGAACACACGUUUCCCCCAUUUCUGCAAAUCUUCUUUACCACAUAAUAAGCCUGGAACCAUACAUGACUAUGCCAAGAUUUCAUUUCAACAAUCUUUGUCCCAUGCUCAAAGGUUUCUUUGGCUUGUUCAACAUUACUCAAGGCUUCCCUCAACACUGUACAAAUCCACCAUUCUUGCCCUUGAAGAUUGCCUGUUCUUAGCUCAAGAAAACAUAGACUACUUGUCAUACGUAAUGGAAACUUUAAAGUCUAGUGCUGAUGAUGCCCUUCAAGGCUACCAAGCUGAAGAUUUACAAACCUUGCUUAGUGCAACUUUGACCAACCAGGAAACCUGCUUGGAUGGGCUUCAAUACAGAUCAUCAUCCUCAAGCAUCAAGAAUGCCCUAUUAGUCCCUAUCUCGAACGGAACCAUGCACUAUAGUGUUGCUCUUGCACUUUUUACUCGUGGUUGGGCUCAUAGCACAAUGAAAGGUAGAUAUUUAACCGAAAGAAAGCAUGUGUUUUCUGACUUGGAAGAUGGUGCAAGCAAAGGCUUGCCAUUGAUGAUGUCAAGCAAGGAUAAACAGAUCUACGAGUCAGUAAGUGGAAGAAGAGUCCUUAAAACAUCAAACCUUACUGGUGUCUUGGUGAGCAAAGUGGUGGUUGUGGAUCCAUAUGGAUCCGGGAAGUUUCGAACCAUUACCGAAGCUGUAGCUGCUGCACCGAAUAACACCUUUGCUAGCAAUGGAUAUUAUGUGAUUUAUGUGGUUGCCGGCGUCUAUAAAGAGUACGUUUCCAUACCAAAGAGCAAGAAAUACCUGAUGAUGAUCGGAGCAGGUAUUAACCAGACUGUGAUUACUGGCAACCGAAGUGUAGAUGAUGGAUGGACAACAUUUAAUUCAGCAACAUUUGCUGUGCUUGGUCAAGGAUUUGUUGCAGUGAACAUAACGUUUCGGAACACGGCAGAAGCAAUCAAGCACCAAGCUGUGGCAGUAAGAAGUGGAGCAGAUAUGUCCACAUUUUACAAAUGCAGCUUUGAAGGUUACCAAGACACCUUAUACACUCAUUCUCUUAGGCAAUUCUACAGAGAUUGCGACAUCUAUGGCACGAUCGAUUACAUAUUCGGUAAUGCUGCAGUUGUUCUUCAGAAUUGCAAUAUCUAUUCGCGAUUACCCUUGGACAACCAGUUCAAUACUCUGACUGCUCAAGGUCGGACUGAUCCUAACCAAAACACAGGCACUUCAAUACAAAAUUGUACCAUCAAGGCGGCUAAGGACUUGGCCUCAAGUAAUAGUUCAACAAAAACAUACCUAGGCAGGCCAUGGAAGGAAUAUUCAGUAACUGUUAUCAUGCAGUCUUUCAUCGAUAGCGUAAUCGAUCCGGCCGGUUGGUCCGCAUGGUCAGGAGAGUUUGCACUUAGCACACUUUAUUAUGCAGAAUUCAAUAACACUGGUCCUGGAUCAAAUACUACUAACAGGGUUCAAUGGCCUGGUUAUCAUGUGAUUAGUGGGACCGAGGCGGCUAAUUUCACCGUGUCCAACUUCAUAGCAGGAGGUUUCUGGUUGCCAGGAACAGGAGUGCCUUACGUUGGUGGUUUACAGUGAAUGUAAAGAUCAUGAUGAUUUGCAUGCUCUUUGUUCUUCCAUUUUCAUUAAUUUGUUUGAAUACCAUAAUUUUGUGGGCUAAUUUUAGUACCCAUUGUAUUUUUUUUUAAGUUGCGUGACAGAAUAUUUAUACAUACAC